ACGAUAGCGCCGGCGCUUCGUUAGUGUUAGCAGAUAGGAACGUACUUGACUAUUACCCUUUUCUCUUUUCUAUCUUCCUCGCUCCCUCUGAUCUUUCUUUUUUCUAGUUAGGUCUGCUCCACCACAAAUAUCAUACUAGAAGCAUCGCAUAAAAUGGCGCGUUUUAAAUUGGGGUUCUCUCCUGCUUGUUCUUCUUCGAGUAUUCUUCCUGCUCGUACUCACUCCUGGUCAACAUCUACUGUGCUGCAGCGAGGAUCAUCUCGAGUGGGCAACGUCACCUCCGGUUCUUGUCCUCACAUGAUGAGUAUUAAAAGAGGGUUCAGCGAUGACGCCGAAAUAACUGGUGAUACUGGCAAGAAAAAGCUGGAAGUAGAUGGAGCUGAAGGGAGGGAGAACCGUGACAGGGUGUUUCCGAGACCACAAGUGAAGAAGGAGCGGAAAGACGAGAACUCGUCCAGUUCGGAAACGACGUCAACUCCAACCUCAUCUCCAACAACUACAGCUUCCGAGUACAAGAAGGAAGACGAUAUCCUGAAUCAGCAAGUGAUGGCUUUCGUCGCGGCGACCCCACCGAUGUCAGACGCUGCUGCGACUCUUUUUGAUAAAGAAGGUGGAACUAUAGAAGCACAGCGGCCACCUCGACAGCUGCUCUUUGGGGCUAGACGAAACCUGAAUCGACACACGAGGUAUAGGAUUGCCCAGUUAGAACGGGAUAGGCUGUUCCUGAUGGAUCAAGCUGCUUUGCAACUAAAAUUGCAGAAAGAGGAAAAGGAAGGUGAUCAUGUUGAAGAAGAUUCAUCGAUUAGAAAAACGGCUGGAGAGGCGGAGGGAGAUGGUGACGUGCUGGAAAGCACAACUUCGAGUCCCUCAUCUAGUACCGAAGAGCAACGCGCUUCGUCUGGAGGAGAUGCCGUAGAAACCAGUAAUAGUGAUGCUGCCAGCACAGGAGAGGAGAAAACGUCUGACUCUGGUGAGGACAGCGAUUAUCUUACUGCGAGGAAAGCAGAAGAACAAGAAGAAGGAUUUAGUUCUUGUGAGGACAGCGAUUAUCUUACUGCGAGAAAAGCAGGAGAAGAACAAGAAGAAGGAUCAUCUAGUUUUCUUCAUGAAGAUGAAAGGCCUGCUGACACUCGUCGUCCUCGCCUCAUGUACACGAAAGAGCGAUGGCUUAGGAAAAUGGCCGAGAUAAGUCGAGAGAAGCGCCUUCUGUCCGCUUUGCGGCAUGGACGCCAACGUCCAGAGCAACUGACAGCAGAAAACUUCUUGCAGACAAGACUGACUGCAUAUCGAAACCGAGGAGCGAAGGGUCACGAUGCUGGCUGCAGCACGUCGACCGCCACGACAGAGUGGUCAGAAGUUCGAGAUUACUCUCGGUUACCGCAUGUCAUGACAACAAGACCUUCUGCUUAUGACAGGAUGAAAAACAAAAAUCUUCUGCAGCUACAGAGCUACCUACUUCUGAAAUGAUAUUAUAAUAAAUGACAACAAAUAAUGUUCAACGUAGAUCUUCCGCACCCGACUCUCCCUAGUAGUCCCUACCUUCAUAUAAUUAUGCCCAAAAGAACCGAAGACCCCUUCGUCGUUUUAGACCAGCAGAGAAGUCUCUCGUCUCCCUGUGCCAGUGCGGCAGCCAAGCAAAGGCUUGAAACGUUGUGGAGAGUUUCGAAUAGUCACGGUGUCAGUUGGGAUGAGCUGGAUUGCGAGUACAUGCGUUGGGCACAGCAAGGGCAAGCACGAGCGACCAUCUGGAAUGGAGUAGUGUGGCCAAGGGCGGAUCUUCUUAUUAUGACCUCUUCUUGUUUUUCCUUUCUUGUUGAUCUUGAUCUUCAACAUAUUAACGAUCAUCACAUUGAUUGUUGGCUUACCUCAAGAACGUCAACAAACUUCUGCUAGAACAUACUUGUACACGUACUUUCUGUUCCUCUCUAACCCCAGCAGGAACGAUAAAAAAGUCGCGAAAAAGGAAGAAAUCCUGGAAAAGUUGGUAGCAGGUCGUAAGGCCUCAGCAGAAUUGAGGAUGUCUAGGGAAACGGAUGCCGCACAGGCGAAGAAGCAAAAGGAAAUGGCGGAGGCGAAAGUCAAAUUAUGAUGAAGGACGCAAGUUCUAGUUCAAGUUCUUUUUUUUAGCUUGGCCGUGUGAGCGAAUCAUUGUUGCCCUUCUUGACAUAAAGAGCCCGCCUUUCUUUGUCCUCUAAUCUUUGAAAGCGUGGACAACGUUCUUGCGAAGAUGUUUUCUUCUGGCGAUGCGGCUAAAGAUAAGAACAAUUGUUCUACUUCUGAAGCAGACCACGUUGGAAGGUAUGGCACGACUUUGUCACCCUCUACAUCGUCCUCAGCAUCCUCAGGAGACGAACUUCUAUGUUGGACUGAACCUCCUGAAGCGAGUGCGCAAGACGCAGAUGUCUUAGCAGAAGACCUGUUGGACAGAAUUAGGGAUGCAGCAUAUUGGCGAGCAUCAAACGUGAUCGACGCGAGGAUAAGAAAGCGAAAGAAAAAAGACGAGAACUUCUCAAUUACGCCAGUGCAACGAGCUGCGAUGGUAAGCGGGUUGAGGCGGACAAUGCUGCACAAAUGGAAGCAGUUGUACCUACAGUGGUGGCGACCUGGUCAACUAGUGCGGCAUCUACGAGAAUUUGUGUUGUUGCGGCAGAACGAGAGGGAACUCGCGGAACGAUUCCAGUGUAAUCCGAAGGAUUAUUCGUGUGGAGGUCCUAAUGAAGGCGGAAAGAUUCCAGUGUAAUCCACAGGACUUCUCAUAUCGGGCUGCAAGCAUGGCGGAAAGAUUCCAGUGUAAUCCACAGGAUUACUCAACAUGUAGGAAGGUCGUGACCUUUGAGAACAUCAAGAAACAGACUUCCUUGCAUACUUCAAGUGAGCCAACAACGAAGACGGCUACUAUUUUAACGAUUCUUCGAACUGUACAGCGCUGCCUCUCCUUAUCUUGGAAAGUGGUGUGUUGUUCACGAU